ACGUGUAUUUUGCCCUAGUUCCCAAUUCGAUCUACGGAUCUACUAUUUUUUGCCCAAAUAAAAAAAUAGAGCGUCUCCUUUUUCUUAUUGUUCUGUCGUUCUACUUCACUGCUCGGUCGAUCCGGGUGGAGCUCGUCGCAAUCUAAUUUUAUAUAUAUUUAUAUCGUAACUCCUGGAUUCCUUGUUCUUGCUUGCGCGCUCGCUUUUGGGGAGGCAAUGGAUGGUGGAUCGGCGGCGCAGUACAAUCCGCAGACGGUGGAGGAGGUUUUCCGCGACUUCAAGGGCCGGCGAGCUGCCAUGGUCAAGGCCCUCACCACCGAUGUCGAGGAUUUUUACCAGCAGUGUGACCCUGAGAAAGAAAAUUUAUGUCUCUAUGGAUUUCCCAACGAACACUGGGAAGUUAAUUUACCUGCAGAAGAGGUGCCUCCAGAACUUCCUGAACCGGCUCUAGGCAUUAACUUUGCCAGGGAUGGAAUGCAAGAAAAGGAUUGGCUCUCGUUAGUCGCUGUUCACAGUGAUGCUUGGCUACUUGCUGUUGCUUUCUACUUUGGUGCUAGAUUUGGAUUUGAUAAGUUACAAAGGAAGCGCCUCUUUGGUAUGAUCAAUGAUCUUCCUUCCAUAUAUGAAGUUGUGAGUAGCAGGAACAAGGUCAGGCCAACUGAAACGAACCAUAGCAAUAACAAAUCCAAUUCGAACUCUAGCACGCGUGUAUCAGAAUCCCAGGCGAAGUUUCCAAAGGCUCAAUUCAAGGAAGAGGAUGAUGAACUCGAUGAGGAAGAAGAGGAUGAGCAUGGAGACACCCUAUGCGGGGCUUGUGGGGAAAAUUAUGCAUCCGAUGAAUUUUGGAUCUGCUGCGAUAUUUGUGAGACAUGGUUUCACGGGAAGUGUGUGAAGAUCACGCCAGCUAAAGCAGAGCACAUCAAGCAGUACAAAUGCCCAACAUGCAGCAGCAAAAAGUCACGCCCAAUCUAAUAGAUGCUGCGCUUAUUAUCUUCGAGGCCCUUCCUCCUCCUUUGAAAUGUCGAUAGUUACUCUACUUAUAGGAAUGUUACCGUCAAUCUGAAAGUCUCUUGUUGUUUAGCUCAAAUUCAGCUGGACAUACAAAUUUUACUUACUGUAUCAUUAUCGUCGCUUGAGGUGCAAAUUGAGUCUAGUGACACUUUUUAUGUAUUCUAGCUAGCAUAUUUGUAGAUCCUGAAGAUCCCAUAUAAUGCUAAGAUGCUCUGCAUUGUAUUGUAUUAGUUUUUUAUCAUUAAGUUAGAUAGAAGACAAUGUUUUGUUCUA